UGUCCGUAGGAUGACCAGCCCCAGUCGCAGCAGCAGCACCCGUUUUACAUCUUCGGAAGUUUACCUGCUCAACAACAACAACAACAGCAGCAACAGCAACAUCAUCAGCCACAGCAAUUUCAGCAACAGCAACAACAGCAACAGCCUCAACAAGCCCCGAAAAUGGAUGGCGCUCAAGCGCGUGACCUAUACCCGGCCGCACCCGGCUGCUGGUGAGCCGGUGCGAGUAGGAGGGCGCGGUGGGAUGCAUCGAAGCAUGCGCGUGAGCGCGCGUGGAGCUCCCGAUCGCUGUAGAUCUUGGUGGUAGUAGCAAAUAUUCAAAUGAGAACUUUGAAGACUGAGGUGGAGAAAGGUUCCAUGUGAACAGCAGUUGCACAUGGGUUAGUCGAUCCUAAGAGAUGGGGUAACUCCUUGAGAACGGCGCGGUUCUCCCCGCGCCGCCCAUCGAAAGGGAAUCGGGUCAAAAUUCCCGAACCGGGGACAUGGCAGCUGGCGGCAACGCGAGCGAAUCCGGUUACGUCGGCGGGGGCUCCGGGGAAGAGAUGUCUUUUCUUUUUCACAGCUCGAUGGCCCUGAAAUCGGCUUGCACGGAGAUAGGGCCUGCGCAGCUGGUAAAGCACCGCACGUCUCGCGGUGUCUGGACCGCCCCCAACGGCCCUUGAAAAGCCGGAGGAGCGAAUACUGCUCACGCACGGUCGUACUCAUAACCGCAUCAGGUCUCCAAGGUGAAUAGCCUCUGGUCAAUGGAUUAAUGUGGGUAAGGGAAGUCGGCAAAACGGAUCCGUAACCUCGGGAAAAGGAUUGGCUCCGAG